AUGACAACAGAGGGAAUAGCCGAAUUUGUUGUGCCGGGCCUCGAACAACCUUGCAAGACGUGGUAUAAGGUCAUUGGAAGCCUUGAUAAGACCAAUGUGCCUUUGAUCGUCCUCCAUGGAGGCCCAGGGGCAUGUCACGAGUAUUUGCUGCCGUUGGCAGACUUGGCGGUCCACAGACCCCUGAUAUUCUACGACCAGAUCGGCAAUGGCAGGUCAACCCACUUGGCAGAAAAGGCUGGUGACGAGGAAUUCUGGACUGUGUCCCUGUUCCAACGUGAGCUGGAUAACCUUAUAUCCCAUCUGGGCCUACAAGAGCGUCCUAUUGACGUUUACGGACACUCCUGGGGCGGCAUGCUUGCAGCUGAGUGGGCGGCAACGCCGUCCAGCUCGGUAAACCUUCGCCGCCUAGUCCUGUCCAACAGUCUGGCAAGCAUGGAUGCUUGGCGUGUGGGUAUUUCAGCCCUAAGGAAGAAGUUGCCCGAUGAUGUACAGAAGGUACUCGACCGUGCUGAUGAAACCAAGGACUUCGAAAGUCCAGAGUACGAGGCCGCAGUAGAGGUCUUCUAUAAAAGGCAUCUGAGCCUCGCAAGGCCCUGGCCGGCAAAGGAGGUUCAAUCCGCCCUAGAUUGGUUUGCUAAGGAUUCCACCACAUACAGCACUAUGUACGGCCCGAGUGAGCUUUACAUUUCGGGCUCCCUCCGGGAUUGGACAUGUGUUCCUCGGUUAAACAGCAUUCAAGUCCCAACACUCUUGAUCAACGGCACAGAGGACGAGGCACAGGACCCCGCGAUGCAACCGUUCUUCGACCACAUCGAGAAGGUUAGGUGGAUCACAUUAGAUAACGCUGCACACUUCGCGCAUGUGGAUCAAAGAACCAAGUAUAUUGGACAUCUGGAAGCAUUUCUUUCAGCUUAA